UUUGCAGUCGCACAGUCGCAGGUCGCUGCCCACGGCCGAAUUCUACGUUGUGGUACCUACCUGAGGUGGCAGGUUAAGAACGAGGGCACCAGAUAGUAGACAUGCCUGAGCCGGAAGACGGGAACAAAGGAGUGACAAUAGUGGGCGGAGGUCUGGUGGGUUCAUUGCUGGCCGUCUCCCUCGGGCAGCGCGGGCUCCGCGUCCACCUCCACGAAUCGCGAAGCGACAUCCGCCGUGCCGCAGAAGGGAUGAAUGCGGUUUCGAAGACUGUCUCGUAUUGACAGAGUGCUGACAGAGAGUGGAGGAGAGCUAGCAGCAGCAGCUCAGUUGUACCAGGACAACCACUGAGUGACACACACGCCAUCUGCGACCUCUCCAUGUACAACUACAUCGAGAUGCGCUCCCACGUCACCUCGCCCCUGUUCUUAAUCAGGAAAAGGAUUGACAAUGCCCUCCACUAUCUCUUCCCGUCUCUCUUUAUCCCUCUCUAUUCAAUGGUGGCCUUCACACGUAUCCCCUACCGUCGUGUGGUGGAGAGACACAACGUUCAACAGACGGUCAUCAGACGAGGGCUCUGGGGCCUGUCCCUUGCCUCUCUGGGGCUACUGGGCUACCUGAUCUUCAAGUUUUCUGGAAUGGAAAGUUGCAGUUCGUUACCGCAUUCUUCCCUGCGUCUUCAAAUGUGUUGUUAAUGACUACCUUCAACACUAAUUUCUGCAUAGAUUAGGUGU